CACAAACAUAAAAAUAAAAUGAGAACUGAGUGGCUUUCUCUCUCAUCUACAAUUGGUGUGGACUAGUGACACAAAUGAUGCAGCAGCAGGAGAAAGAAGCUAAGGUAUCCAUGGAAAGCACCAUCCAACCACUUCUAGGUAAUGACCGUGACGGUGAAGAUCAAAAACAAGUGAGAUGUGCUGAAGAAUUUGGUGCAGAGUCGAAGAAGCUAUGGAAGCUUGCCGGCCCGGCAAUUUUCACGGCGAUAUGUCAGUACUCACUCGGCGCUCUCACUCAGACUUUCUCCGGCCUGGUCGGCGAGGUCGAGCUCGCCGCCGUGUCUGUUGAAAAUUCUGUGAUUGCCGGUCUAGCCUUUGGUGUCAUGUUGGGGAUGGGGAGUGCAUUAGAGACUCUAUGCGGGCAAGCAUACGGUGCUGGGCAGAUUAGAAUGCUUGGGGUGUACAUGCAGAGAUCAUGGGUCAUCUUGACGACCACGGCCUGUCUUUUAGCUCUUGUUUACGUCUUCUCUCCUCCCAUUCUGGAGCUUUUGGGACAGACCCCUCAGAUCUCUGAAGCCGCAGGUGAAUUUGCUAUAUGGAUGCUACCACAAUUGUUUGCAUAUGCCUUGAACUUUCCAAUUCAGAAGUUCUUGCAGGCACAAAGGAAAGUGUUGGUUAUGGCCUGGGUGUCAGCUGUGGUGCUGGUGAUACAUGCAUUUUUUAGCUGGUUGCUAAUAUUGAAGCUUGGGUGGGGUUUAAUUGGAGCAGCAAUUACUCUAAACACUUCAUGGUGGCUCAUAGUUAUUGGGCAAUUGCUGUACAUAUUCAUUACUAAAUCGGAUGGUGCCUGGACUGGGUUCACAUGGCUAGCAUUUUCAGACUUGUAUGGCUUUGUCAAGCUUUCUUUGGCUUCUGCCAUCAUGUUAUGCUUGGAAUUCUGGUACUUGAUGAUACUGGUGGUGAUAACGGGCCGUCUACCUGACCCUUUAGUACCAGUUGAUGCCAUCUCUAUCUGCAUGAACAUUCAAGGCUGGGUGGCCAUGAUUGCAAUAGGGUUUAACGCUGCAAUAAGUGUGAGAGUAUCGAAUGAACUCGGAGCUGGUAAUGCACAAGGAGCAAAAUUCUCAGUAAUAGUUGUUUCAAUCACAUCCAUAUGCAUAGGAGUGGUUUGCAUGGUACUUGUGCUUGCUACAAGAGACUAUUUCCCUUACCUCUUCACCAACAGUGAGGCAGUUGCUCAACUGACAACCAAACUUGCAGUCUUGCUAGGACUCACAGGUUUUCUAAAUGGGCUUCAACCAGUCUUAUCUGGCGUUGCUGUUGGAGCUGGAUGGCAAGCUAUUGUUGCAUACAUCAACAUCGCUUGCUAUUACAUUGUUGGAUUGCCCGCUGGCAUACUCCUUGGAUUCACAUUUGAUUUUGGAGUUGAGGGAAUUUGGAGUGGGUUGAUUGGAGGCAUUUGUUUGCAGACCCUUAUUUUAAUAGUGCUCACUGCAUGCACAAACUGGAAGAAAGAAGCCGACGAAGCAGAAAGUCGAGUUAAGAGAUGGGGAGGAGCCACUUCAGAUCAUUGAUUUCAAAUUUUCCGUAAAUUAAGAAACAACAGGGUUACUGCCAAAUAAUUCGAAUAAACGCUUUAUUGAGUUGAUUUGAAGUAUCGGUGUAACACCGCCAAUGCCAUUUUUAGCGCACAGACCAGUCACAUCCUCAUUUACUUAUAUUGCUGCUUAGCAUGUUAGUAUCACAACCUUUUCAUUACUUGAGGCUCUAUGCGACUGCCAAAACUUGACUUUAUGAGAGAUAAAUUUCUUUGGAUCAAGAUUCGAACUCAAGACGUCUGAAUUUUUGAAUUUCUCUAUUAUCACUUGAACUACCUCUUCAAAUUAAUGGCUCCUUUGUCACUUUGGUAAACAUAUUUUCCUCAAUUUAAAUCUUUUUACAGGUGCCAAGGGUUUUGACUUGUAUCUUGAAAUAUUGUGCACCAAAUAAUAAGAAUUUAGUUAGUGUCAAAUGUCGAUUCCUAUGGUUUUGAAGAAAAGGUUGGUAAGUGUUAGCCCAAACUUAUAUUUCUUUUCAACAACUCAACCACCAUCUCACAAACACCAGACUUAAAUCAAGACUUCUUUAACAAAAAUAAUGACAUUGCUAUUCGGCACACGUAUAAAAGUUUUAACACAUUUGACACUAAAUUUUGGGCUUAUGACACAAUAACAUUCUCCAAGUUUGUAAAUUAUGUUUAGUCAAUCCAAUUGACAACGAUAGUUCGAAUUUUGGAAGGAAAACCAUGUGAUUAUUUAUUAAUAUGGUUAAAUGCAACUUUAAUGAUAAAAUUUACAAAAAAAACUCAAAUACCAAUUAGGGUUUAAGUGAUACUACAAAAGAGAGUGAAAUAAAGUAGUAACCCUAAAAUUCUUGAAUAGUUAUAUUAAAACUAAAUUAUGUAAAUUGCAAUACUAUAUCAAUUCUGGGAAUCUAAUAUUCGCCUGGGGUGGAUCAUCAUUCUAUCCCAUAAUUGCGGUAGUGUAUUCUAUCAGCCAAACAUCCCAUCUAGUGCGGCAUUUUCGUCAAUUCAGAUACAUUAUCCAGCAACAUUUUGCUCUUCACUCUUGGCAAACCAUUUUCGGUUUCUCUCUCUCUCUCACACACACACACACACACACAUCUCGAAGUACACAGGAAUGGCAAUUUCAAUGGCAUCCC